GGGAAGGGUAUUUAAAUGGUCCAUGUCUGCGUGUUGCUAACUCAUCUCUUUACGAACUCAAAUAAUAAUAAUAAUAAGCAUCUUUGAUUAACUAGUCUAGGCAGUCCAAAUACUCAUCUUAUUAUCCAUUACCUUGGCCCAUUAUUCAUCAUGGCAGUCACAGAAUUAGCAUGGUUUAGAAGUGCUCACGGACCCGUCGGAGACGACCUAAAGGAAGCCGUGAACCAAGCCUUAAUCGUCCAGGAUGACUGGUGCGCCCGCAACAUCUCAACAUUACCCAAGGACAGAGAAGCCCGCGGUGUAGGCCUCUUCCGCCAAAUCGAGGACCCGUCUGUCGUCGUCUUAACGGCCCAUUGGGAAUCCGUCGAUCAGCAUGGGAUUUGGCUGUCCUCUCCAGAGAACGUGACCGCUAUUUCGUCUGUCCAGCCACAUUUCGAACUGAUAGCCCUAUCCCACGUUGAGAACGCCCAGUUCUUCGACGGAUCGGGGCCAGACGGAAACAUCUCCUUGUUAAAAAGUCCAAUUAUUGGUAUAACCACCGUGACUGUCCCAGCUGAGAAGCGCAAGGAAUUCGAGCAAGCUUGGGCCGAAACGAAGCACCUGUUGGAAGCAUAUACACCGCUUGUUAAGUACGGAUGGCGCAUCGAAAAAGAGGACGACGGCUUGGAACAGUUUAUACUUUCCGCCCCGUGGCCAAGCGUCGAGAAGCACAUGGAAUUUGCAACGGGAAAGGACCUCCCCCAAUUCGAGAAGGCGAUCCUGUCCCUUACGCAGACACAGGAAGUCAAGCAUUACGAGAGGAUCCUAUAAGACAUUAGGUAUUAAGCAUACCACAACACAAUAACAAGUUCCCCGUUGCUCUCUUUGGAAAAAAAAAUAAAUAAAUGGUCUUGAUCGUGGGAUUGUGCGCAAUUGUGUUGUGUGAAUUGUCUACAAGCGUUAUCGUGCUCGAGAAAUAUCAAUUCGGAAGGUAUCCUUAGACGCCGCCUUAUGAAAAUAUCAGCCCCAGCUACAAGAGCAUAUAUGCAUCACU